AGAGUACAUUCUUCCCUGCCGAGCCUGGGCUCGGCCCCUUAGAGAGUUAAGAGUUAGGGUGGAGGGUCUACAAGAAUCUACCAUCAACUUUGGGUUGAUCCUCAGACCCAUGAGACCUGACACUGAUGACUCACCAGGUGACAAAGUCCUGGCAUUUUGUUGCGGGCUCCAAAAGCCAGCUGAAGCCAGAGAGAAUGUCUGGACAUGUUUAUGGAGUUUUACUAGAACUAGAAGAGGAUCAGAUAUGUAGAUGUAGCUAAAAAGGGGAAUUGGGCCAGUUUAUGGGAUGGAGGCAGGUGCUACCUGACCCUAUGGAGGUCAGAGGAUCACAAAUGUAGGAGUUGCUUUUUCUGCUUGCACCAUGUUUGGGGGUCCUGGAGGUCAAACCAAAGCCAUCAUGCCUCUUAGCAAGUGCUGAGCCAUUUUCCUAGGCCCAGUUUAUUAGUGUGGAAGGAAGUAGACGCUUUCUUUUUAAAUUUGACUCAAAACAUUUGAGGUGGGGGUUGUAUUAUUUGGUCUUAUUUGUCCUAUUUUGUGAGCAACAUCUGAAAUUCAGGCUAACCUCAAACUCAAGGUCUGACCUUGGAGUUAUCCUCCUAUCUCCACCAGGGUGUGCUGUUUGACAAGCGCUAGGCUGAUUGAACUUCUAACCUUGGCUUUGCCCCCACGUGACCUCGAGCCUCCGUUCGCCCUAGUUCUGCACCUACUGUUUGAGACCUUGCUCAGGGCCGAUAGGCGGGACAAGCGGUAGACUGACUUAAAGCACAACUAAUAGAGCCAGUAGCUGGUGGGCGUGGUGCAGUGUCAGCCAAUGGCUUGCGGGGGUGUGGUUCAGCCUGCUGCGGUCAAUCCCUGAAGAUGGCGGGCAGCAGGAGGCUAGCGACGCGGUUGCUUUCUGGGUGCGGCUGGGUGCGCGGCUCAGACUCUGCCGUGCUGAGCCGCCUGCGUGAUGAGGCCGUGGUGCAUCCGGGCUUCCUGAGCCAGGAGGAGGAGGACACGCUAACACGCGAACUGGAGCCCCAGCUGCGGCGCCGGCGCUACGAGUACGACCACUGGGACGCGGCCAUCCACGGCUUCAGGGAAACAGAGAAAUCCUGCUGGUCUGAUGCAAGCCAGGCCAUCCUGCAGCGGGUCCGGGCGGCUGCCUUUGGUCCUGACCAGAGCCUGCUAUCCCCAGUCCAUGUGUUGGACCUGGAACCUCGGGGCUACAUCAAGCCUCAUGUUGACAGUGUCAAGUUCUGUGGAUGUACCAUUGCUGGCCUUUCCCUGUUGUCUCCAAGUGUUAUGAAGCUGGUGCAUACACAGGAACCUGAGCAGUGGCUAGAACUGUUGCUGGAGCCAGGGUCUCUCUAUAUCUUAAGGGGUUCAGCCCGAUAUGACUUCUCCCAUGAGAUCCUUAGAGAUGAAGAGUCAUUUUUUGGGGAGCACCGGGUCCCCCGGGGCCGACGCAUCUCAGUGAUUUGCCGCUCCCUCCCUGAGGGGAUGGGGCCAGGAAGGCCAGAAGAGCCACCUCCAGCCUGCUGACCUCCCACAUAUCCUCCAGAUUUGUGAAUAAAGUAGGGAAAAUGCUGUCAUGGGGAUCUUCAAAUGACCGUCUGCCAGGGCUGGGGCUCUUAAGAGACGAUCAAGGUCUCAGGAAUUCACAUAGCAUGGUGGCUGCCAGGGUGCACCCGAUCACACACACUCUUAAGGCCACGAGAAUAUCAUUUAUUGCAUCCACUGCUGAUUAAAAAAAAAAAACCAACAAGCAAGCAAAGAAACAAACAAAAAACCCUGGUCCCUUCCCUUCUAUCUUUACCUAUGCAAAUUUCUAGUAAAGUCACCUGAGCCUUUCAAAGCCCA